CCUUUAACAGUAUCAUCAUCGUCUAACGACAAAGUCGAUCAAAUAAUUCGGACUGCUCUACUUGAACUACCCUACCAGGCGCCGCCAUUCAACACUGGCAUUUUCCCUAGGGCCCAGGGAGUCGCUCUACCAUGGGACCGCCCCCGCCCGUCGGUGCCAGUCGCGUCUAUUCCGGGUCACGUGAUGAGGCAAGGUCGCCACAGGUCCUAGCGCCGCGCCGGUGCACUAUGGCCCGGCGGCGCCGCAUUAGGAAAUGGCCGCCCCUCUGUCCUCCGUUAGUUUGCAGUUAUUUCAUCCUGGAGCGCGCAUUUGCCGUGCAUCAGUCAUGCUAUAUAAAGUGUGGCGCGCGGACGGAGGAAUGUGCAGUGGCGAUCCAGUCUCUCACCAUGAAGCAGCUGGUCCUGCUGACACUGGCCCUGGUGGCGGUCACUGAGGGGUUCGUCAUCGACCCCUUCGGCUACGGCGGUGGCUUCGGAGGGCUCGGAGGGCUCGGAGGGUUCGGGCUGGGCAGCUUCGGAUACGGCGGUCUGUUCCCGUCGACAUUCCACCACCACACGGUGCAGCCGAUCGUACAGCCCAUCAUCAUCCAGCCGCCCGAGGAGGAGGAGCCGGAGCCAGAGCCCAAGGUGGAGGUGCACGUGCACCACGGCCCGGCCGAGCCGCACCCGCCCGAACCGCACCCGCACCCCCCGGAACCGCCACAGGUGCACGUAUUCACGUCUGAUUCCGGCCCGCUCAGCGCGUGAUAUUUGAACAAAAUUGUGCGUGUCAAUAGUAUGGUGAUUUUAGAAUGUUUGUGAUCAUUGUACACCUGUUUGGCUUCACAUCAUUUUUGCACCCAUGUGAAAAAGUGCUGGCUUGUUGUCGUGGUGAUUGUAUGCACUGGAUUGUCCGUUAAUAUACUCCUAC